AGAGAGAGGCCAGGGGAAAAAUAGAGACAGGAAAAACAGGGAUGGAAAAAGUGGAGCACACGGACAAAUACAGAAAAGAACGUACUUGAUGAUGGGGGGGGGGGGAAAUGAGCGUUUUUAGGGUGGCAGAGGGCGACGCACUGCAGAACACUGGCGACCCCGUCCGACAGACCCGAUAAAUACACCACAGUGUAGGCCUGAGAAAGAAAUGCAAGAUUUCCCGAUUUCCCAGCUUUCCGGCAGUAGCCACCUUUUGCAAACUUUGUCUUCCGUACGUAGCGAUCGUGCAAGAUCACAACGAGUAUUAAAACGACAAGGCAUCGCAUUACAUUCAGGCUAACGGUACCCCGUAUUAUAGCAACGCGAAAUCCGCACCGGUGCCGCUGUAAUCCGCGAGCGAACGGCGUGCAGACGCCGGGUGGGGGAUCGGACUGAGGUGGAGCAAAAGGUGGGUUUUCCGCUGCCACAUCUGACUCCCUCGAAAGCUCACAAGCCCCAGCGUAGGGAGUUACAUGGACGAAGGAUUCUAGUAACAGCUGCUCCGCCAUGCCACCUGCUGGGUCCCUUCUCCUGCUCUGUUUGCUGGGGCUACUGCUUCCUCUGCCCUGGCCUGUCACCCCCGAGGACCCUGGAAAGCCUUUCACCAGGCCGCCGGUCCGUGUCGCCAAGCAGGGGCCAAGCUGGAGCCUCGGACUGCGCCUGUACCGGGCCCUGCGCACCGGCGGCACCCAGAACCCCCUCUUCUCUCCAGUUCUGCUUGCCAACUCACUGGCAGCCUUGGGCGGGGGUGCCGGAGGAGGCACUGCAGCCCAGAUCUUUGAGGUCCUAGGCACCGGCACGCCUCCCCCUUUGAGCCAGGAGGAGGCCCUCUUCUCCCUGUAUGGAGGCAAUGGGAGCAGCUUCAGGCUGCACAGCGCCUCAGCUGUGUUCACCGGGCUACCGGCAAUCCUGGAUGCCAGCUUCCUGAAAGAGGCACAGACACGGUCGCGGCUGGGGCACGCGGCUCUGCAUUGGACAGAGGGGCAGCCCGACCACGAGGAGCUGCACGCCUGGGCCAGGGCGGGUGCAGGUGGCAGCGAGGAGCUCCAGGCCAAAGAGGCAGCUUUAAUCCUCACAGACGCCCUGCGCUUUAAAAGUCUUUGGGACUGGCACUUUGAGUGUGACGAGGAAGACCUGCGCAGUUUCCUGGGAACCACAUACACCAAGGUGCCAAUGAUGCGCCGGGCAGGUGUGUUCCAUCACUAUGAAGACAUGACCAACAUGGUGCAGGUUCUGGAGCUGGGCUUUCGGGGUGGCCGGGCCAGCCUGGUGCUGUUGCUGCCCUUCCAUGUGGAGAACCUCAGCCGGCUGGAGAAGAAACAACUGACUGCGCUGGGUCUGACCGAGGCCUGGGAUGAGCGGAAGGCCGACUUCACCAGGGCGGCGGGCCAGGUGCUGGGGCAGAGGCGGCCGCACCUGGGUGCAGUCCUGCACUGGGCUUCCCUGGAGCUGGGCUCCGAGGCAGGUUCGGGGGACGGGGAGGUGCAGGACGGGGAGGUGCAGGACGGGGAGGUGCAGGACGAGGAUGUGACCCAGCCGAAGCUGUUCUGUGCAGACCACCCCUUCAUUGUCAUGGUGAAGGAUAACGCCACGGGGGCGUUACUGCUAAUGGGGGCCCUCGACCACGUGGGGGGGGCCGCCGUACACGACGAGCUCUAAACAUCCAGGAGGCCCAUCCCCUCCCCCCGCGUGUCCCGCCCCUAAUGGAGACUGAGUGAUGUCGAUAAAGGUUUCAUGCAAAAUGAUUGUGUCACGUGGCCCUCCCCCGGACACCGGGGGACAGAGGAUAAGGGGCUCCCUGCUGGUGCCACAUGUUUGAUAUGAAUUAAUGGGACAUUUGUAUGGCGUGGACAGGCAUUCUCACGACAGCGCUGAUGCUUUAUGAAUAAGCCGAGCACAUCGUUGCUGAAGGAGCUUCCCUGCCCUGAUAAAUAGUCACGGCCUGGGACCCUGUGCUCUCUACUGGUAGGUUAUUGAUGGGAAUGUGUGUUAUUCCCUAUAUUAUUGUGUAUUAACGACCCGCAUCGCCUGCCAGCAUUGUAGCCUGUCUGCAGUCGCCUCUUUCCCUGCUUAAUCUUGGUGAGAAGCGAGGGGGCUGUCAGCAAUCAGCACGGCAGUCCUGCUCAAUGCCAUGGCCAAUCACGAGCCAUUGUUCUGUGUCCUUAGCUGUUUCUCGAGAGCCGUCGGUGAACGCCGCCCAGGCGUCAGGCCACAGCCGGCGAUGGAGAAGGCAAUCCUGCAGCUGAAUACUGUGAAAUAAACUAAUAACAGCUUAGAUGGGGGGGGGGGGGGGCAGCUCUGCUCUAGUGAGUUACUUGGAGUCUGACUGAUAUUUUAAAUUUAUGAAGCGAACCUGCAAAAAAACUGCUUUUUUUUCCCCUCUGUUCAUCUUUAUCCUGCCCAAACUACAAAUAGACUAGAAUUUAUUUGUACUGAUAUUUGGAACACUAGAAUUCUGAAUAAA